ACGAGUGGCGGUGCCGGGCGGCGGUGAGCGCGGCUGUCACGGUGCCCCAGCAUCCCCGGGCUUCCCAGAGCCGAUCCUCCCCUUCCCCCGACCCGCCCGCCGGCGGCCCCAACCCCGCGCCCGCCCGCCCGCGUCCCGGACUUCGCACAAAGCACGUUCCCCACGCAGAGCCCCGGCCGUCCUCAGUCUUUUGUUCCGCGGGGGCUGCCGCUGCCCUUCCCGCGUCGGAGUCUUCCUCCCGGGGUGGCGGGGCCCCGCCGGGCGCAGUCGCGAAGAUGCCCUUGGAGCUAACCCAGAGCCGGGUGCAGAAGAUCUGGGUGCCCGUGGACCAUCGGCCCUCGUUGCCCAGAUCCUGUGGUCCAAAGCUGACCAACUCACCCACGGUGAUUGUCAUGGUGGGCCUUCCUGCCCGGGGUAAGACUUACAUCUCCAAGAAGUUGACUCGCUACCUCAACUGGAUCGGAGUCCCAACGAAAGUGUUUAACGUGGGAGAGUACCGGCGUGAGGCUGUGAAGCAGUACAGCUCCUAUAACUUCUUCCGCCCUGACAAUGAAGAAGCCAUGAGAGUCCGAAAGCAGUGUGCCUUAGCUGCCCUGAGAGAUGUCAAGAGUUACCUGACGAAGGAAGGGGGACAGAUUGCAGUUUUUGACGCUACUAAUACAACGAGAGAAAGAAGGCACAUGAUCCUGCAUUUUGCCAAAGAGAAUGACUUCAAGGCAUUUUUCAUUGAAUCCGUGUGUGACGACCCUACAGUGGUUGCUUCCAACAUCAUGGAAGUUAAAAUCUCCAGCCCGGAUUACAAAGACUGCAAUUCGGCAGAAGCCAUGGACGACUUCAUGAAGAGAAUCAAUUGCUAUGAAGCCAGCUACCAGCCCCUUGACCCUGAUAAAUGUGACAGGGACCUGUCACUGAUCAAAGUGAUAGACGUUGGCCGCAGAUUCCUGGUGAACAGAGUUCAGGACCACAUCCAGAGCCGCAUCGUGUACUACCUGAUGAACAUCCACGUGCAGCCCCGCACCAUCUACCUGUGUCGGCACGGCGAGAACGAGUUCAACCUCCAGGGCAAGAUCGGGGGUGACUCAGGCCUGUCCAGCAGAGGCAAGAAGUUUGCCAGUGCCCUGAGCAAGUUUGUGGAGGAGCAGAACCUGAAGGACCUCCGUGUGUGGACCAGCCAGCUGAAGAGCACCAUCCAGACAGCCGAGGCCCUGCGGCUCCCCUACGAGCAGUGGAAGGCGCUGAAUGAAAUCGAUGCUGGCGUGUGUGAGGAGCUGACCUAUGAGGAGAUCAGAGACACCUAUCCUGAGGAGUAUGCGCUGCGCGAGCAAGACAAAUACUACUACCGCUACCCCACGGGCGAGUCCUACCAGGACCUGGUCCAGCGCCUGGAGCCCGUGAUCAUGGAGCUGGAGCGCCAGGAGAAUGUGCUAGUCAUCUGCCACCAGGCUGUCCUGCGCUGCCUGCUAGCCUACUUCCUGGAUAAGAGCGCAGAAGAGAUGCCCUACCUGAAAUGUCCUCUUCACACCGUCCUGAAACUGACACCUGUUGCUUACGGUUGCCGUGUGGAAUCCAUUUACCUGAAUGUGGAGUCAGUGAGCACACACCGAGAGAGGUCAGAGGAUGCAAAGAAGGGACCUAACCCGCUCAUGAGACGCAAUAGUGUCACCCCACUAGCCAGUCCCGAACCCACCAAAAAACCUCGCAUCAACAGCUUUGAGGAGCAUGUGGCUUCCACUUCUGCUGCCCUGCCCAGCUGCCUGCCCCCGGAGGUACCCACGCAGCUGCCCGGACAACCUUUGCUAGGGAAAGCCUGUCUAACAUGAAAAGCAAUGGAGCUUCCAGUAAACCCUGAAGACGAUGCAUCAGUUCCAUUCCAUUUCCAUUUCUGCUGCUUGGCUUCUGCCCUCCUGUCUACCUGAGACCAAAUGAUGCCAAGGACUUUUCUGGACUGGGUUGAGGUAGGGGAGCAGGGGAGUCUGCUGCAUCCCCUCAUCCCCUCUUGCCCCCCACCAGCGGUGACGAUGGAGACACCGGAAGGCCAUGGGGUCCCCGCUUCCUGUGGCAAGUGGCAGACCUCCUUGUCUUCUGCUCUCUUGGGGCUUCCAGGGAUGUCUGGCCUUCAGCUACCUCCCAUGAGGCUUGGGGGGGUAGAUGACAGAAGGCCUGGAGAAGGGACACAGAGUGCCGCUGUGCAGUUUUGUUUUGUUUCUGUGAUUCUGUCCUGACAUGGUUAUAGCCAUGGUGAUUGCCAACCUGGUGGCAAUCUUGGAACUGAAUAAGGGCUGGGUCUUAGUGUUCGAAGGCUAGGAGAUGUCAGGAAGCCUUUACCUAGCUAUUUUUAUGCAUUCUGGGACUGGGGAAAUGUCCCUGGAGAAGAAGAGACUUGGGGACUUCUGUCUGAGAGAGAUCCCUCGGCAAAGCUGAGAACUGCCCGUCAACUGAGCAGUACAUGCCCAGCUCCCACACGUUUUUUGCAGCCCUGAGUUAAGGACAGACCGGCUACCUGAGUGGAAGGAAGAACUGUGGAUGUGAUCAUUGGGGUCUCCUUUCCCAGGGAGCUCUAGGGGUCCCUGGGUUUUCCUACCUGGAUCUGGAAGCACCUGAGCCAAUUGUUCUCCUGGAGCUGUUCGCAUUGCA